AUGAUGCAAAAGUCUAUGCCCGUCCUGGCCCUCGCCGCCGGCGCCUUGGCUGCAGGCUCCUGCCCAAGCAACUUGCCUCUAUCUUGCCACAACACCACGGCCGUCGCCGACACGUGCUGCUUCAUUCCCACCGGCCAACUGCUUCAAACGCAGUUCUGGGACACCAACCCUCCCACUGGACCUUCUGACUCCUGGACCAUCCACGGCCUCUGGCCCGACAACUGCGACGGCAGCUACCCGGCCCGAUGCGACGCCAACCGCGCCUACACCAACAUCACCGCCAUCCUCAAGGCCGCCGGUGGCAAUGGCAGCGCCACGCUCGACUACAUGACCAAGUACUGGAAGGACUACCAGGGCGACGACGAGACCUUCUGGGAGCACGAGUGGGGCAAGCACGGUACCUGCAUCAGCACGCUGGAGCCGUCGUGCUACGGCUCGGGAUACCACGCCGGCGAGGAGGCGGUCGACUUCUUCGCGCGCACCGUCUCGCUGUUCAAGACGUUGCCGACGUACCAGUGGCUCGCGGACGCGGGCAUCACGCCCUCGGCGAGCAAGACAUACGACGCGGCGCAGAUCCAGAGCGUGUUGGCCAAGCAGCAUGGCGCGCAGGUGACGCUUGGCUGCAAGGGCAAGGUGCUCAACGAGGUCUGGUACCACUUCAACGUGAAGGGCAGCCUCCAGGACGGCGAGUUCGUAGCGGCGGCGCCGGACGGGGCCAAGAGCAAGUGUAAGGGCAAGGUCCAGUACAAGCCCAAGUCUGGCGGUGGUGAUCUCUGA